AUGAAAGAACUGGUUGCACUGCAAAAACCGAUCAUGCUAGAUGAGGGAAACUUUGGACACUGGAAAGCCAGGAUGCAACACAUCAUCAGAGGCAUUGACGAAGAUGCUUGGACUGCAGUUGAGCAAGGAUGGUCAGCACCCACCAUGAUCAUGGACGAUAAGUCUAAAGAACCCUUACCCAAGGAGAGAUGGACAGACUCUGAUAAAGCUGCUUCAAAAUUUAACUCUAAAGCCCUCACCACAAUCUUCUCCGCUGUAGAUCUUGAUCAAUUCAAGAUAAUUCAAGGUUGUGAAUCUGCCAAGGAAGCAUGGGAUACUCUGAUCAAUCAUUUUGAAGGGAACACUAGCGUUAGACGUACCAGGAUUGAUCAUCUAGCCUCAAAAUUUGAAAACCUACGCAUGGAGGAUGAUGAAUCAAUUGGAAGCUUCAUUUCAAAGAUCAGCUCUUUAUCCAAUGAAGCAUCUGUGCUUGGCAAGAAGUACAAUGAAAAGAAACUUGUGAAGAAACUUCUGAGAUGUCUUCCAGCUCGAUUUGAAGCCUAUAAAGCUGUCCUGAAAAUUGCUGUCAACACUGACGAGAUGAAGUUCGAUCAACUAGCAGGGAUUCUGAAGGUACAUGACCUUGAGCGAGUGGAAGAAAGUCCUAAGAGUCAGAAGGGAAUUGCAUUCUCAGCUGACACACAAAAAGUCGAUCGAGUCAAGCGAAUUGAGGACAAUAUGGUCCUCAUGGCUAAGAAUUUCAACAAGAUGAUUAAGAGAGUUGAAAAAGGACAGAGCCGGUCAAACAACAGAUUCCAGAACAGAGACAGUGAACGAACCUCCAACCAGAAUUCAAGGAAUGAUUCAGAUCGAGGAAAUCGCAGAAAGGACCUACAAUGCCAUGAAUAUGAAGGUUAUGGUCACUAUCGCAACGAAUGUCCUCUGACAAAGAGAAAUAAGUUAAAAUGUAUUGUGUGCAAAGGAUAUGGUCACACCAGAAGUGAAUGCCCCAACAACCUCAAAAAGGACAAGUCCCUUAUCUGUUUCAGCGACACUGAGUCAGAAAGUGAUGAGGAUAACGAUGAGCUGCUCCUAAACUUUGUAGCAUUAGUCAGCAAAGACGACAAACCUGAAAUCAUCUCAAGUUCAGAUUCGGAGUCAGAUACUGAACAAGAGAAUCUACAACUGAUCAAGGAUAGAGCUAUGUUAAAGGCUCAAGUAAACAUUCUGGAGCUGGAACAAACUGAAACAAAAGUCAGUCAGAACUCGACUGAAUUAGUCGAAGAGAAGAAGAACGACUUGUCUGCCCUUGAGAAAACUAUCUCCAAUACAGCUUACAAUCUGAAGAAUCUGGAAAUCAGAUACGAUCAAACUCAACACUUACUGAGUGAAGAAAUGGAGAAGAGUCGGUUACUGCAACGAGAACUCAGUGACAACUACAAGAAGUUGAGAAUGCUCAAUACAGGCUCCAGCACUCUGGACCGCAUUCUGAAUCAAGGGCAGUCCCCUGCAAUCAACCGAGGCCUCGGAUAUCAAGGAACUACAUCUCAGACUGAUGAUCACACAAAAGGCAUCAAAUUUGUGAAGAGCUCACAGCAUUCUGCACCAACUGAUCAUCAGGACACAAGGUUUCAAACUGCUACUUUCGCAGACGCCAACAUCAACGGGCAUGAAGAAGUUGCCGAAUCGCCAGUCAGUACUCAAAGGGAAGGCAAAGCCAUCAUGUGCAACUUAGCGUUCAUGCAAGACUGGGUCUCAACUGAAGAAGAAUCAAUGUCACAUUCAGACUGUGAUAUGACACUCUCCGAUAAUGAAGACAGUAGCGAAGAACUCUCAUGCGCGUUCAACUCAAGACCCACAGUGGCUGGAGUCGCUUAUACCUCCACUGACAACUCUGUAACUACUGAAGUUCCAUGGUACUUUGACAGUGGUUGCUCAAGACACAUGACCGGAACUCUGAGUUGCUUGGAUAAAGUAGAAUACAUCAAAGGAGGAAAGGUCACAUUUGGUGAUGGUGGCUAUGGAAAAAUCCGAGGUGUAGGAAACACUAACAGAGCAGACUUACCUAACCUCAUAAACGUGUACUUUGUGGAUGGACUGAAAGCCAAUCUCAUUAGUGUGAGCCAGCUCUGCGAUGAAGGACUUCAAGUCAUCUUUGAUAAGAAGGAGUGUCGUGCAAAAACAACUGCUACAUGUGGAAACCCUCAAACCAAUGCAUGUCGGCUAAAGAAUCUCAAAGUGACCUCUGGCACAAGAAACUAG